AUGUUGUUUCUCGGCCUCCUGGUUGUCCUUCUGUGGCUGCCCGCCACUGUUCUGGCCGCCUUUGGCUACACAGACGAUGGGUCCAACUAUGUGAUAGACUCGGGCGCGGCGCUGGUCAUCAAGGUCAGCAAGACCAACGGUGACAUCACUUCCAUGAAGUAUAAUGGAGUUGAGUAUAAUGGCUACGAUGGCAAGAAUACAGAAGUGGAGAGUGGCCUAGGAACUAGUACCGUCACUAUUCAGCAAUUCUCGUCGCCAGCCUACAUUAUUAAAGUUACGGUUGUAUACGGCACACUGAAGCAUUACCUGUUUGUCCGCUACGGCAACAACAAUGUGUACAUCUUCACCAACAAGGCAGACUCGAGCGUGACCGUGUCGAGGUACAUUGCCCGCUUUCCCGCGGGCACCUGGGAUGCCGCACACUCGACCCUCGACGCCGACUACUACGACAGCAGCACGUUUAUCGAGGCGUCCGAUAUCACCGAGGACUCUAGUGGCUAUACAGAGAGCAAACACUACACUGGAAAUACAUACGGGCGAGUUAUUGACUAUGACUACGUUGGCUAUACGACCGGAUCUGUGGCCUGCUGGAUGGUCCGAAGCAACCAUGAAAAGGCAUCCGGCGGUCCCUUCUUCCGUUCUCUGCUCCGCCGAGGCAGUCCUACCGGUUCCGACAUCUAUGAGAUUUAUCACUACAACAUGGGACACACUGAUGUCGAGCGCUUUGGUCUGCAGGGCCCGAGUGUUUUGGCGUUUACUGAUGGUGGUGCGCCGAACAAUGGUCUCUUUGCUCGCAAGGCUGAUUGGAGUUGGUUCGACACUCUCGGAAUCGACGGUUGGGUCCCUUCAUCUGGACGUGGUUACGCUUCUGGCGUUGGCCUCUCCAACAUGAAGUCGGGUUACACCUACGUAGUUGGCCUUUCCAACUCAGCCGCUCAGUACUGGGGCACCGCCGCCAGCUCAGGCGGCGCAUGGUCCAUCUACGGCGUUCUGCCGGGCACUUACACGCUGACCGUCUACAAGUCGGAGCUUGAAGUAUACACGGGCAGCGUUACCAUUACAGCCGGAGCCGGCACAGCGGUACACACCAUCACCUGCGACGACCCGACCGACGACACGGCCAUCUGGCGGAUCGGCGACUGGGACGGGACGCCCAAAGGGUUUCUCAACUUUGUCGACACGCCCAUGAAGCCGACAUAUAUGCACCCGUCAGACGUACGCCUGUCGGCGUGGGAUCCCAGCAAUUAUAUCAUCGGCACUUCUACAGCCUCCAUCUUUCCGGGCUACAUCUGGGUCGACAUCAACAACAACCACAUUGUCUACUUCAAGCUCACAUCGGACCAGCUGGCUUCGGCGCACACCAUCCGCAUCGGCAUCACCGAGGCCUAUAUCAAUGGCCGCCCCAUGAUUAGCGUGAACAGCUGGACGAGUUCCGUCACGGCCGCCACGAAUCAAGCCAGUACCCGCAGCUUGACCGUCGGCACGUACCGUGGCAACAAUGUCAUGCUCACUUGGGAGGUGCCGGCCUCGGCAUGGAUACAAAGCACCAGCGAGUGGCAGGUCUUGACCAUUACGGUUAUUUCUGGCUCGACCGGCAGUGGCUACCUGAGCGCUGGAAUUUCCGUCGACGCUGUCGAUAUGAUAUAG